AUGUCGACUCAGCAACGCUAUCGUAUAGGUGUCGACGUCGGAGGCACAAACACUGACUCCGUACUGCUCGACGUAUUGCCCAAUGUCUCGGCUUCUGAAUCCAGAGGGGUUAUGUCUUCGUCCAAGAAACCGACCACUCCGAAUGUGACGGAUGGCAUUGAGGCUGCAGUUCGAUCUGUGCUCGAGGACAGUCGCGUCCAACCUGCGGAGAUUGGUAGCUUGAUGAUUGGAACGACGCACUUCAUCAAUGCUGUAGUGGAGGCAGACUCCAGGAGGCUCUCUAAAGUAGCCGUGAUUCGGCUUGGGGCACCGUAUACGGAGGAAUGCCCUCCGUUUAUCGACUUCCCUCCGAUUCUCCGCUCCAUCACAGAAGGACACGUCGCUAUACUGAAAGGAGGACUUCAAAUCGAUGGCUCAGCUAUCAACGAUAUCGACGAGGCUGAGCUAAAGGCGGAGGCGGCCAAAAUCCGUGACAAGGGGCUGACGUCUGUCGUCCUUGUCGGAAUUUACUCGCCUUUGGAUCAGAACGACGGCACGAGUCAAGAGGACCGUGCCAAAGAUAUCCUAUCCCAGGCACUCGGACCUGGGGUGGAUAUUGUUUGUUCAAGAGAAGUUGGACAUGCUGGCCUACUCGAACGAGAGAACGCGUCGAUAUUGAACGCGUCUAUCCUCGCCUUCGCGAGGCGUACAAUCAGAGGAUUUCAACGUGCAAUGAAUCGUCUGGGUCUCAAAUGCCCUCUAUUCCUGACGCAGAACGACGGCACACUGAUCACUGCUGCAAAGGCGGCGAAACUUCCAAUCCGCACCUUUGCUAGUGGUGCUACCAACAGUAUGCGCGGCGCGGCGUAUCUGGCACACGGCAAGGGGGUUGAGCAGCAGGAUGGCGUGGAACAUGGAAAUCUGGUUGUUGUAGAUAUUGGUGGAACGACCACGGAUGUCGGCGUGUUGUUGCCCUCUGGCUUUCCGCGGCAGGCUGCAGCAUAUAUCGAAGUAGCUGGCGUUCGCACUAACUUCUCGAUGCCAGAUGUGCAGAGUAUAGGUCUUGGAGGUGGAUCCCGGGUACACGUCUCGGAGACGGCAGCAGGCGAAACUGUCGUUUCAGUUGGGCCGGACUCUACUGGAUACAAGCUUCUGACGGAGGGUCUCGUAUUCGGCGGCAGCACGCUGACGGCGACCGACUGUGUCGUCGCUACCGACGAAUCCCUUCAGGUCGGCGACAGAACCAAAGUCUCGGGUGCGAUUCCGGAGAGCGUACUACAGGGCGCUCGAGCGGCCAUGAAAAAGCUAUUAGAAGAUGUCGUUGACCGCAUGAAAACCAGCCCUGAGCCUGCUACAGUUCUCCUCGUGGGAGGUGGUAGCAUCCUCGCGCCGUCAAGCCUCAAAGGAGUUGCCAAUAUCGUCCGACCACCCUUCUUCUCUUGCGCUAAUGCCGUUGGUGCUUGCGUGGCGAAUAUUUCCGGAGAAUUCGACACUAUCGAGAUUUUACAAGACAAGUCUCUGGAGGAUGUGCUAGAGAAAUGCAAGGUGGAAGCAAUUGAACGCGCUGUGGCCGCAGGUGCAAAGAAGCACACUGUCAAGGUCGUGGAGGUUGAAAAUCUUCCGGUUCAGUAUGUUACCAAUAAAGCGACCCGUAUUAUCGUUCGUGCAGUUGGAGAGCUUGACACCGAGGCGAUGCUGGAGUCAUCGAAUGUCAUGGAAGAUCGCGAAGAAACGGAAGAACCCGAGGGAGAGAACGAUUCCAAAAGCGGCGACCGAAUCAUACGGAUCGAUGUCAACACCUACGUCCCUCAGAUUAACGCCAAGCGGGAGUGGAUCCUCAGCGAGAUCGACCUUGCUUGGAUCGCCGAAGGCUGUGGUAUACUGGGAACCGGUGGCGGCGGCAGCCCGUACCCGCCGCAAAUCAUGGCACGCCAGAUCCUUCGCGAUGGAGGCGAGAUACGAGUAAUCUCUUCCGACAGUCUACCGGACGAUGCGGUUAUCUUCCGAGGGCAUUUUAUGGGAUCGCCUUCCGUAUCGAACGAACGCUUACAGGCGGGCACCGAAACCGAGACGGCUUGUCGGAACCUUGCCAAGUUUGUGAACAUGGGAACUCCGGCCGCGAUAAUAUCGGACGAGAUUGGUGGUGGUAAUGGUAUUCAGCCAAUGAUACUGGCGUCGGCCAAGCACCUCAACAUUCCGGUUUUCGACGGCGAUCUGAUGGGCAGAGCGUAUCCCAACAUGUGGCAGAGCCUGCCUGCCGCAUAUGGUGUUCCCGCUAGUCUUGUACCCUGUGCAAUCGCAGACGGUGUUGGUAACUCUGUGCUUCUUCCAUCGACAUCUGAUCAAUGGAUGGUUGAAACUUUGCUCAGAGGUGCAUGCACUAGCAUGGGAAGCAAGGCUGGAGUGUCAAUGGCACCUCUGUCGGCGAAGACCUGUAGGGAGUACGGAGUGACGCGCUCCGUGUCACAAGCGUGGAGAAUUGGCAGGGCCGUCGCUCUCUGCCGGCAGAGAAAUGAUUUGAGUGGCAUCCCCAAUGGGGUUCUUGAGCUUCAGAACGGUAAAUGUCUCUUCAUUGGCAAGAUAACCGCAGUCAACCGCGAGUGGGGCACCGUGACCAUGGUCCCACUCCUGGAUAGCGAAGUGGAGUCAGCACGACCGAACGGACUGUCUGCUAAUGCUGAUGAUGCGCUCACUAUCACCUUCCAAAACGAGAACCUAACUGCCGAGCUCACCUCCGCGCCAGGCGCAAAGCAAAUGCUGGCCGUGGUACCCGAUCUGAUUACUGUGCUGGAUUCCCAAAGCGGAUCGAGUCUGGGAACACACGAGUAUCGUUAUGGGUUACGAGUCACCGUUCUCGUCCUUGCCUCGCAUCCCUUAUGGACGACCGAGCGAGGUCUCGAAAAUGGCGGGCCCAAAGCAUUCGGGCUGGACGGACCCUACAAACCAGUAGCGCAGUAUUGCGAACCUCGUUCGGUCAUCGAGGAAUACGGCAAGCCGUGA